GGGGGGGGGGCGAGACGGGGAGCACGGGAACACGUCCUGCCGCCAGGGCGCCGGCCCCGGCCCCGGCGCCGUGAGUCUGGAGCUCGCCGCCGCCACCACCACCCGAGCCCGCGACCCCUGCCUCCGCCCUUUGAGCGCCCUUCUGGAGUAGCACGGGAGCCUAUCGGCUGCUGCGCCUAGCGCCCAUCUGGCGGGAUGCAUGCCGUGCACGCCCCCACCCUCCCAGCUCCCGUGACCUUCCAAGUUCCAUGCCACUAGUUCCUCCGGGCCGAUCUCAAUGGCACCGUCGCCGCCCCCAGUAGUCCCGUAUCGAGGCUAAUGCCCACUCCUGAACCAGGAUGCAUCUGCCUCCUGGUUGAGCUCUGCUGGGAGCUCACCUCGAAGGAAAAGGUACGUGGUUCUUUCGAGCAAUUGGAUCGAUUCACAAUCAACGUGAUCCAUCAAGUGAAGGGGCAGGGGCAUGAUUUCACGUGAUAGGGAAAUUGGAAAAUCAAAGAAAAAAUGGCAAUGUCAUUUCAAAGGUUUGAGAAACUAACAGCACCAGUUUGGAGUGCCAGUUAUCAAAUUGUUGUGGUUCUUAGUUACAAAAAAGUUUAUAGAGGGGCAGUGAGCUCUGAUACAUUUCAUUGGAGAAGUAGUAAAGAACCAUUACAAAAGGGGAGUAGAGAACAGAAAAGGAUUGAAAGGAGAACCAAGCACAGAAGGUAAGCAAGGAAGUAUAUAUGUGCAGAGGCACAAGCCCCAGACUGCUGUCAGUACACUAUAAUCUCGCAGCUUAUUUAGCUCCAGUUUGCACCCGCCCCGUCCACUUCAUCCUUGAGGAGUGGUCUUAAAUCAAGCAUCCAUCAUUUUUUGGCUUAAAUAAAAGGCCCUUACACUAUCAGAGCACUAGGACGAUUAAGUCUGAUAUAACUUGGGCUUGGUCUUCGUAUACUUUAUUGAGUAUCCCAUCCCACCAAUCUUCAAAGUUUGUGUUUCAGUUUAGCUUGCUAAGCCGUCCUAGAAUCAUCCAAUUCCACACAUUUACAUUUGGAAUUUCUUCGAUGAGCUAUAUUUUCUUUAGUUGUCUAUGGCGCAAUAUAUUGAUUGAUACCGCGAAGGCGCCAACUCUGCACCCUAUGCUGGAUAUCUUAUCUCUUCUCCAAGUGUUCUAUUGUAGAGUUUGAUACACUGUUCAGUUUUUUCUUUGGUAUCACUGGAAUAGCUGUUGUGGAAGACCCUUCUUUGUGGUUAAGGUGGCAUAGCCCCCCUACCCUCCUCUGUUUGUUAAAGCAAUAGCUAAUUUCACUACUUAGAGCAAUUGCUCUAUGUAUGCUAACCCGCUCUUGUUGGCCCCUCUCAAUUCCUUGGCAAGCUCUGCCACUGUUUAUAUACAGCUCCAUUAGCCUUUUGCCCUGCUAGAAGCAGGCUGUUUUGCCAUCCUUGGUAGAAGUGGACUUUGGAUAUUGAAUUCUACGUGCUUGGAUUGAGUAUAAUAGACCAUAGGCUCAUCUAACUGAUAAUAUGUAAGAAACUACUAAGUAGAAUUGACCAAGUUCUUUAGGCUUCAGUAUAUCAGCACUGCUAACAUGCUCUAAUCGUCAGCAAACCAUAGUUCAGGGAAACAGCAAGUUUGAUGCAUAUCUGCUUUUGGUCAACAUUGAAUGUUACUAAUGUAUACUGUGCUGUGUGCUGAUGUGCUUGCAGCCGAUGAUCUAAUCAGAAACGAUCAGGUGCAAGCAAUUAUUGGUCCUCUGACUUCAGCAGAAGCUGAGUACAUUUCUUACCUUGGGAAUCGCACACUCACUCCAAUCUUCUCACUCGCUCCAGUUUCUGCAGCAUUGACGCCAUCAUUAACACCAUUCUUUCUGCAUACUGCACCCAUCGCCUCCUCCCAGGCCAAGUUGAUUGCUGCCAUCCUUGAUAUGUUCAAAUGGCGGACAGCCAGCUUAAUCUAUGAAGACUCAACAUAUGGAGCUGGCAUUACCCCUGAGCUUGUAUACACCUUUCAGGGUUACAACACGCGGAUUACAGAUAGUUUAGGUUUGCCCAUUGAUGCAACUGAGAGCUACCUGGACACAUUAUUAUACUACCUCAAGGAGAAUUCCACACGGGUUUUUAUUGUGCACAUGCUUCCAGACCUUGCUGCUCGCGUCUUCCACCGGGCCAGUGUUGCCAAUAUGAUGUCUGAUGGAUAUGUCUGGAUAGCCACUGCCGGCAUUGGCAGUGCAGUGGACAGCCUUGGUCCUGACAAGUUUGAUGACAUGCAAGGGGUUGUCACCUUCCGAUCUUAUGUCCCGGCAACUGACCGUGUAAUGAACUUCACUGUAAGGUUCAAGGAGAGGUUCCUGCUGGAAAAUUCGGGCAUUCGAGAUGUGCCUAACCCAAGCGCGCCUCUGCUCUGGGCGUAUGAUACAGCAUGGUCUCUUGCUGCAGCAAUCAAUAAAUACAGUGUGUCCAGCUCAACACCUGGAAGAACACUUCUAGGUGCAGUGCUCAACACAACAUUUGAUGGGCUGGCUGGGAGGUUCAGGCUUGUAAACGGCCAAUUGCAGCUAUCAACAUAUGAGGUUAUUAACAUCAUCGGUAAAAGUGCAAGGACGGUUGGGUUCUGGACACCUGAAUCUGGGAUUUUCAAGAAUUUAAAGGCCACCAAUGAGAAAGGGAUCAAACAAAUCCUCUGGCCAGGUGAUCUAGCAAUUGCUCCAAGAGGGUGGAGCAUGUCUUCAACCGGAAGGCCGCUUCGUAUUGUAGUGCCUUCAAGGCAUGGGUUCAAUCAGCUUGUGGAGGUUUCCUACAGCCUGAGAACCAACACUUCUUUUGUCACAGGUUACUGCAUCGAUGUUUUCGAUGUGCUGAUGAAGAGCCUACCCUAUCCGGUGGCCUACCAAUAUGUGCCAUCUACUAAUAACGGCAGUUAUGAAAAUCUUCUCAGUCUGGUGUUUGAAAAGAAAGCUGAUGUCAUGGUUGGUGACACGACGAUUUCGAUGAGCAGGAUGAAUAAGGUGGCCUUCACAAUGCCCUUCACCGACACAGGGCUGUCGAUGAUCGUGGUACUGAAGAAAGAUUCGAGCAGGAGCAUGUGGAUCUUCCUACAGCCACUGACUAGUACCCUCUGGAUCACCAGCCUUGCCUUCUUCUUCUUAACAGGUUUUGUUGUGUGGGCAAUUGAGCACCGAAUAAACCCUGAAUUCCAUGGCACACCUUGGCAACAAUUUGGCAUCAUUUUCUACUUUGCCUUCUCGACUCUUGUCUUCUCCCACAAGGAGAAGCUGGAGAGCAACCUAUCAAGAUUUGUCGUGAUCAUAUGGGUAUUCGUUGUGCUUAUCUUGACCUCAAGCUAUACAGCGAGUUUGACAUCAAUGCUGACAGUCCAGCGGCUCCAGCCAACUGUGACUAGCGUGCAAGAUCUUCUAAGAAAUGGUGACCGUGUGGGGUACCAAAGUGACUCUACUGUGAAGUAUUGGCUGGAGGAAAUGGGCUUCCACAAGAAGGACUUGCUGGGUUAUGUCACAGUAGAGGAGUAUGCUGAGGCCCUACAAAGGGGAUCAGGCAACGGAGGGGUCUCUGCAAUAGUUGACGAAGUCCCCUACCUAAAGAUCUUCCUGUCAAAGUACUGUGAAGGUUACACCAUGGUUGGCCCAACCUACAAGUUGGGAGGCUUUGGAUUUGCUUUUCCAAUAGGGUCACCCAUGGUGCACGACGUAUCACAGGCCAUCGUGACACCUGCAGUGCAGCAGGAGAUGGCACGGAUAGAGAGGAAAUGGUUCGGUGACCCAGGAGCCUGUGAGAGUAAGAGCGACGGCAUCAACUCGUCCAGGCUCAGCUUCAGCAACUUCGGUGGGCUGUUCCUCGUUACUGGCAUAACCUCUGGCCUUUCCUUCUCAUAAGCCUUAGGGUCUGGUUGGUUUCACUUACCUGAGAAUCGUUUAUCUGAGAAUCAAGAUUUUUUAAUAAUCCGCUAUCUGAAGAAUAAUCUGCUGUCUGAAGAAUUUGGAAUGUUUGGCAAUCCUGAUUAUUUCUAUUGGAUUGUCUGUUCUGACUGUAAAAUGACCUAUAUGCCCCUAAGUCCUGUAAUAGCUCAUUUUGAUCGGAUUUCUCUACCA